AGUCCGUGUUUCCAAAGCCAGCAGCCAAAAUCAAUCUAACUUCUCGUAGUGUUGAAUUGGGCUUUCGAAGUAAAAAGCAAGAUGCCUAGGCUCCCCCCGCACGACACGACGAUCAUCCGUGGGGAGAAAGGCGGGGUGUGCUUCACCUCGGAAGUUCAAUGUGGAAGUGUUUUACCUGCCUGUACUUAUGCAUAUUUCCAAAGGUCUCAAAUAGAUCCUAGAAGCCUUCUGCCCACCGAACUAUCUAGUCUGUCCUCGUUUUAACAUGACACACAAUAUCUUC